AUGCCACCACACGCGCAGUAUGGAUUUGAGUGGGGAAAGACCACAUUUGGCGCCGAGCCCAGAUGGACUCAAGAACCUUCAAUUGAUGCGCUCAAGGAUAUCGUAAAAGACGAACUUGGUCAAUCCCAAGCUUGCAUCGUCACAUUUUUGGCUCAAGGGGGAUUCAAUAAGGUGUACAAAGUACAACAUGAUGAUGCCGAGUAUAUUAUGCGAGUCACACUUCCAGUUGAUCCCCGUCAUAAGACACAAAGCGAGGCAGCAACCCUCGACUUUAUCCAGCAAAACACAGAUGCCCCCGUCCCCACUGUCAUUGCAUUUGACGCUUCAAACGACAAUGCUCUUCGUUUCGAAUGGAUGCUCCUAGAGCACAUGCCUGGAAAACCGCUAAGGCAACACUGGAAAUCACUACCGCUAGAAAGCAAGCGGGCUUUGGUAAAGCGUAUUGCACUUCAUGUUGUCCAGCUAUUCCGUGCCCGAAUCCAAGGCAUAGGGAACCUUUAUCACUCCGCCACGUCCCGAGAUGACGCUGUUGACCAGACAAAGUUUCGAGUCGGCCAAAUUGUGUCGAAUGAAUUCUUUUGGGAUGAUCGCUCAACCCAAGACUUCCCCCGAGGUCCAUUUCGUUCAAGCCGAAGUUGGCUACACGCCCGGUUGCUUGUGCACCGUCACGAAAGCAAGGACAUUAUUGAAACGUCGAGAGAUGAAGAUGAUAUUGAUAUGGCAGAGCAGGUCGCUAUACUGGAGCGAAGACUUGCCGCGCUUCUCCCUUCAAUUUUUAAAUUCAACCUAAACCAUGAAGUGGAAGAAACAGCCCUCUUUCAUGAUGACCUCUCUCAACAGAACAUCAUGGUUGAUGAGGACGGGAAUCUUACUGCAAUUAUUGACUGGGAAUGCGUGUCUGCAUUACCGUUAUGGAGGGUAUGUCAAAUUCCAUACUUUCUUCGGGGAAGAGAACGAAUGGAGAUGCCAAAUAGAAGCACAUACGCUAUGGACGAAAACGGGCUGGCCGAGGACGGCGAGAUUAACGAGGUGUACGUGCAACAUCUUCUUCAGUACGAACAGACUGAACUGCGGAAAGAGUUUUUGAAUGAGAUCAAGAAUAUCGAGCCAGCUUGGUUUGCGAUUUAUUCGUCUGACUUGAAUUUGAGAAAGGCAGACUUCGAGACGGCAGUGAAUUACAUUGAUGAUGAAUUCUGCAUCAAGCUUAUCUCUAAAUGGCUGGAUGACGUGGCAGCCGGGGAAGACGUCCCGAGUUUACAGAAGAUGCUUCUGGAAUAGGUCUUGAAAAUGUUCCUGUCGAUGAGCGACAUGAAUUUACGAUGUUUCGUCUUAACUACGAAUCCCGUGUUCAUCGCAUGUGAGGAGCGGGCUAUUUGGUGUUGACAUAGCUGAGAUUAGCAUCGCUUCAGCAUAGCGAACAUCCCAGGCCUUGUCGUUCUAUGCUCCUAUCGCAUUUGAAGCACGACAAGAGCAAUUGUGAGAGGCUAAAGUUUGCAGUUUUCCUGCUUGAGAAUGCGCCAAAAAUGAUAGGCCCCGGGGAUGACGACUCGUUUUCCCGCAGGAACUUUAUCUCCCGACUAUAGCGCAUAAGUGAAGAAGAACACACGCUGUCUCCUUUGAAGACCCGAAAUGCGCGAAGUCCUUGUCGAUGCAAACCAGAUAGACGCCCAAAGCUUCCAAGGAAAUUUCCCAACAGCGAAAUAUGUUUACUCAGUCUACAUUGAGUACACAGGAAAUGUGAUUGAGAGAUAGAAGACGAAUGAAUGAAGCACACCCCCGGACCUCAACAUACAAACAAGCCGUUACAAGUGAAACAGUGUCGAUCACUGGCAGAACAGGGAACAGCGCAGUUUGGUUUACUUGCAGGCUGCGGAUAAUGAAACUAAAGGUCUAGAAGUGGAGGUUUCUCCAAAUCUUAGCAUUACUCUUGAAAGACGCUUUGAUAGUGGCAGCAGACAUCGCUGGAUCAACAGGAGCUAGAACAGUCGAGACCGUCUUAGAUUUGAACUUCUUCAGGGUGCUGAUCUUGGUACCAUUGGUAAUCUUAAUCUGAAGGUUGUACAUCUUCGGAGUUUCAGAAGUCAGCUGUGAUACAACACGAUGAAAACAAUUGUUAGUUUUAGAAUCCCGUAGAAAUAGUAUGAGCCGAACAGACAACAAACUUACCCCCCCUGAAUACAGACGAAAGUUCGUGCUGUAAAAUCGCCCGGGUUCUGACGUAUUCCCGUGAGCUUACUGUCAGGGAUGUUGUC